AUGCCCGGGGCCAGGGACCGAGGCGCGGCCCCGGCGAGAUGGCUGGGCACUGGGCUUUUGGGUCUCUUCCUGCUCCCCAUGUCCCUGUCGCUGGAGGUGUCCGUGGGAAAAGCCACCACCAUCUACGCCGUCAACGGCACGGAGAUCUUGCUGCCCUGCACGUUCUCCAGCUGCUUUGGUUUCCAGGACCUCUACUUCUGGUGGUCGUACAACAGCAGUGACACAUUCAGGACUAUCAUAGACGGGACAGUGAAGAAUGAGAAGUCUGACCCCAAGGUGAAGUCAAAAGACGAUGAUCGCAUCACUCUGGAGGGCUCCACUAAGGAGAAGAUGAACAACAUUUCCAUUCUGCUGAGGAACCUAGAAUUCAGCGACACGGGCAAAUACACCUGUCAUGUGAGGAACCCCAAGGAGAAAAAUAUUCAUCACCAGGCCACCAUCACCCUCCAAGUCGUCGAUAAACUGGAAGAAGUGGACAACACGGUGACCCUCAUCAUCUUGGGCGUCGUGGGCGGGGUCAUCGGGCUCCUCAUCUGCAUUCUGUUGCUCAAGAAGUUCAUCGCCUUCGUCAUCAAGAAGACUCAGGAGAAAAAGAAAGAGUGCCUCAUGAGUUCCUCAGGGAAUGAUAACACAGAGAAUGGGUUACCUGGCUCUAAGGCGGAAGAGAAAGCACCAACCAAAGUGUGAGCCCUUGCUGGGGGCCGAGCAGCCGCCGGGGGCCUCACUUUCUGAUGAUGGAACUGAUGCUUGAGCCGUGUCCGUGAACCCACGUGCCUGAGACACCUGCUGCUUGGCUCCAGCUGUAGUCUUUCUGGGGAGAAACCGGGGUCCUGGCCAGCCUGCCUGCCCCCCUCCCAGCCGGGGCUCCCCAGGGAUGAGGGCCGGCCAGGGGAGGGGGCCUGUGGAAAGUUCAGGGAAGGAAAGGAAGGCUCCGCGGUGUGGAAGGUGGGUCCCCCAACACCUGGGUACAUGCGGUCUUCUUCAGUCUCCCCACCUUGUAUGAGCAACACCUUGGUUUUCCUCCAGAUUUCUGUUUAAGAGAGGCUUGGCGGGCGAUCAGUGAGGCCUGCCCCGGUAGCUGGACCCAAGUGAACAAU